GAAGAUGGCUGAUUGGAACAGAGGACAUGGAGCGGUGGAUGAUGUGCUAGACGCUGAAAACAAGCUUUUAGCGGAAAACUUGGCCUCUAAAGUUUCCAGAUUGAAGUCGCUGGCGUAUGAUAUAGACAAAGAGGCAGAAGAGCAAAAUGCAUAUUUGGAUGGCAUGGAUUCCAAUUUUCUGAGUGCCACAGGGCUUUUGACAGGAAGUGUGAAGAGGUUUUCUUCCAUGGUGCGUUCUGGCAGGGACAACCGCAAGAUCCUCUGCUAUGUCUCUGUGGGACUUGUGCUGGUCUUCUUCCUGCUCUACUACCUGGUCUCUAGGGCCCAGACGUAAGAAACUGAGAGUUCAGAGCUUCACUCCUUCUUAAAGGAGGGAUACACUAAUUCCAUUUCUCAGUUGUAUGGGAAGUGUACUUUCCCAAAGGGUACCUGGUCUUCAUUAACAUGAAAUUAUGGAACAGUUUUGCACAGCUAUUAAGAAGAAGAUUGGGUCUUGCCUGGGUCAGCCCACUAAUGAGAUAAUGGAUUUAAUAUGGAGGAUGUGAGAACCUUGGCAAAUGCUAUUUCUGUCAUUUCUGUCCUGCAAGCCCCAUGAUUUGCUUGUCAGGAGAAUGAGAAAGGGGACAUUCAGGAGUAGCACACCUGUGGGAUGUUGUCUUUUUUUUUUGCAUUUCACUUUAUGUUAAAAUAUGUACAUCUCAUGGAAAUAAAGAUGCUUCUUUAGAAACAGAACAUAAUGAAGGAACCAGAGAAGCAGACAGGAGAAACAGAAAGUAUUUCUGGCAUUUCAGUUUCAAAAAAAUAUCAAAUGAUAAAGGAGACUUUAUUUGAAUGUGAAAGGAAUUUUUUCCCAUUAUAUCUGUAUGGAGAAGAUGGGCAACACUUCUCACAGAAAACACAGAGAAGGGGCAAAACUUACAAAACAAUAGUUUAUUUUAAACAGCCACAAACAAAAUGGAACCAGCCUUAAGCACACAGCCAAAAGCCAGCUCUGACAGCCUCCCUGCUAUGCAGAGGCAAAUUAACCCAUGGCAAGCUUACACAGACAGACAAUUUAAAAAUCAACAAGUAACAAGUAACAACCUGUUCAAGUGAAUUUGAUUGACCUGAGCUUGGUUAUUCACAAGGGUGAAAUUUGAAAGACAAAGAUCCUUAAGAUAUUUAACAAGUUGAUAAUCACCAAACUGUUUUUGGGGACAGGUGAUGGUUCUUCACAUUCUGUAAGCAAGAGUGACAGCAGGAGGGCAGCAUCAUUUAUUUUUUGUGUAGAUUACUUACUCCUGUUUUGCCUUUGAGUUUGCAGUAUAAGAACUCUAUGUCCUAUAAAUAUUUAUGUAUGUAAUUAUAUUUUUUUAUUUUUUGAUGGUUCAGGAAAACAUCCAGGUAAUUACCUCCCAUAUAUCAAAGACUUAAUUUUGCAUGAACUAGCAGAAAAAUGUUAUCUGAUGUUAAUUAGUUAUGAGAGAACACUUGUAUGGAGUUAAUGGCUUUAGUGACUGUGUAAAGUGUGGGAACACCAGGUACGCAAGACACAUGGCAUGAUGAUAUGUACAUUACACACAUACACUUAUAUAUUAUAUAUAUAUAGCUGUGCUACAAGAAUAAAGAAGGACCAAAUGUGUAUUAUUCUUUCCUACCUUUAAAACCUGCCAUUAUAAAUUACUGUUGAUCAGAAACUGUGGCCUUGAUUUUACUACUGCUGUUUAAUACAGUAUGUUUAAUGUUACUGUGGUCUUAUGAAACUGCAGCUAUCAAGAUGA